AUGCCAUGCGCGUUAUCUAUCUAUAGCAGUCUAUUCACAUAUCUAUCUAUCUAUCUAUCUAUCUAUCUAUCUAUCUAUCUAUCUAUCUAUCUCUUUCUGGCCACAUCUAUCUAUCUAUCUAUCUAUCUAUCUAUCUAUCUAUCUCUUUCUGGCCAUAUCUAUCUAUCUAUCUAUCUAUCUAUCUAUCUAUCUAUCUAUCUAUCUAUCUCUUUCUAUCUAUCUAUCUAUCUAUCUAUCUAUCUAUCUAUCUAUCUAUCUAUCUAUCUCUUUCUGGCCACAUCUAUCUAUCUAUCUAUCUAUCUAUCUAUCUAUCUAUCUAUCUAUCUAUCUAUCUAUCUAUCUCUUUUUGUUCACAUCUAUCUAUCUCCUGUAAAAAGCUAUUUAUUUUUUAAACUUCUAUCUAUCUAUCUAUGUUCACAUCUCUCUAUCUCGUUCUGUUCACAUCUAUCUAUCUAUCUAUCUAUCUAUCUAUCUAUCUAUCUAUCUAUCUAUCUAUCUAUCUACCAACACAACAGUCCAAAGCUUAGUAGCGCAGAGGAAAAGAGAGGCCCAAAAGGCAUCACAUCGCAGGCAACUUUUCCCCACCUGCAUCAGAACAUUAGCCAUCUUCUUUUCUUUUUUCCGCUUAUACACAUCCUUUUAUUUUGUCCUCCACCUCGCGCUCCUCCACUUGUUUUUCUUCUACUCUUCCUCCAGCUCAUUUACCUCUUCCCCCACACCACUUCCUACUCCACUGACCCUUCUCAUUCUCUGCUCCCUCCCUUACGUCCUCCUACUCCUUCUCACGUAAAAGCCUCUCCUCCGCCCAUCCUCCACAUACCAUUCUCCUCCUGCACCUCCCAUCGCCAUAUCAUCUCCCCCUCCUUUGUACCUAGCUCUACUCAUUCCCUCCCCUUAUCAUUCACUCACCCUUCCCGUUUUUCUUCGCCCUCAUGGACCUUACUCUCCUCUCAUCAUUUCCUGCUACUUUGCGUCAGUACCAUGAGGCUUGACUGA